GAGAUAUAACAGAAACAUGCAAGAAGGGUAUGACGAUGACGAUGGGAAUUUCUAGGAUGAUUAAGAUCAAAACGAAGAGGAUUAUGAUUAAUUUAAUCAAGACGAUUAGAUGGAAUCUAAUCAAUUUGAUAACUGUAGAUAAAUAUUUGUGAUAAUUGUGUAGCAUAAAAAGAAAAAUACUAAUAAGACAAGAAUUAUGGUAAUUACUAACCAGACCAACAAAAAUAAAUUGAAGAUAAGAUAUCUGAGGAUUUGGAGGAAAAGAUGAAGAUGCUAGAUGAGUACGCUAAAGAUAAGAGUGAAGAAUAAAUAUUGAACAUCAGAAUGCACUAAUUGGCAUUGGCCAAGGUAUUAAUUCUAAUCUUAUUAUAUCACAGAUUUUGGUAUUCACACAUGGCAAAGGGUAAUUUAAAUUGGUGAAAGCACAUACUAAUAUAGGUGAUGCAUAUCUCAAUUAUAAAUGUUACGAGUAAGCUAUCGAUCAUCUAACUUUGGCCUUGAAGAAAAAUGCAAAAUUGUAUAAUGAGGAAUAAGAAAGCAAGAGUUUCAAUGCAAUCAUACUCACAUUACUUGGAAAGUGUUAUCUAGAAAUCAAUAGUUAUGAAGAGUCCUUGGAUUUAUUGAAAAAGGCUUACGAAACCCAAUGUUAGAUAUAUGGAGACGAAACUGAACAUUCAAUCUAAACAUUGACUUUGAUGUCUAAUUGUCACACGUAACUUAUACAUCAUUAAUAAUCUAUAGAAAGAUGAAAGACUACGAUGCUAGUGAAGAAUGCAUUACUAAAGUAUUUGCUAUUACAGAAGCCAAAUAUGGUUAUAAGUCAGAAUAGAGUGCAAUUUCUUAUAUUGAAAAAGCCAAGAUAUUUGCUUGCCAAGAGAACUGGAAGGAUGCAAUUCAGUGCCAAACAAGUGCCAUCGACAUGUUAGUAGAGAUUAAUUAUCAUAAAACUGAAUAUGUUGCAGAACUUUAUUAAUAAUUAUCAACUUAUUUUGAAAAAAUACAACAGAUUGACGAACAAAUUGCUUGCCUAUAGAAAGUGAAAUAAAUCUAUAUUGAGUUAUACACCGCUUAGGAUAAGAAGGUCAUUAAGAUCAAACGAUAAAUUGCCAUAAUUCAAUUAAAAUAGGAGAGACAUCAAGAAGCACUUGGGGAACUAUAUGAAACUGAAGAUUUAGAAGUUAAAGUAUAUGGAGAAGGAAGUGUGUAGGUAGCUAAGACUUAAAAGAUUAUUGGUAUAUUUAUGAAUUUAAAUUAACAAAGGCACAAUAUUGUUGUUAGUCUAGGAAUUUAGAGAUGCUUUGAGCUAUUUUUAGAAGAGUUUGAAAACCUUUGAGGAGAAUGGAAUGAAGAAAGCUGUGGCGGAGGUUAAGCAAAAGAUCAAAUGUGCAAAGGAAAUGAAGGAGAAAGGAAAGGGGUAAUUAAACUUAAAGGAUAGAUAAAAUAUAAUGUAAGAUUAUUGA